GAUUGCAUAGUUACUGGUAUGCUGUCAUUGGUGGACGGACCACCAUUCACAUUUGACACUUCAUCAUUCAUGUGAAUAAUCAUUCCACUUCUCAAUUGCAUACACCAAAUAACAUCAGAAAUCGUUUGACACACUUCAGUUUAAAACUGUCCCACCAGGCGUGCCAAUUUGUUUUGUCGAUUUUUAGCAAAUCGAUGGUGGUUCGCUUCUAAUGAUCUGGGAGCGAAACUUACUCCUCUUUUGCAGGUACCAGUUUUUAGAAAUCGAACUCGAAUGCAGACUCAGAAAUUCGCUUGGGAUGUGAGUGUGCUUGAGUGUAUUUUUGGAGAAAAGUUCCAAUCCAUGUGCCGUACUGCUUCCUGUUAUUUAUAGCCCUCUUUCCAUAACUGGUCAUUAAAGAAUUUGUGCCCCUUUGUGUGAGGAGAUUAAGGUAACCGUUCUCGUUCUUUUGUCCAAGAGCGUUACCAUCGAAAUCCUUAAUUCAAAGAUGGCCUUCGAUCCCCACCAUUUGUGUAACUGCUCGAUUCUCCAUUUGUGUAACUGCUCGAUUUACUAAAGUAUCGAAAUCGAAUCUAUUGCCAAAUAAUUUUCAUUUAAUGCUUGCUCGUGUAUCUCUUUUAGUCCCUGCUUCCAUCUCGACACUUUACCAACUUUUCGAAUUGGCUUAAUCUUUCGAAAAUAAUUAUUUCGACUAACAGGUUGUCUUCUCACUCUUCCACUCCUGCAAGAGCUUUAACAACAAUGAUAUGAAAUUCACGCCAUUUCUGCGUCGAAAUUGUGAACUAACAUGGUUCGAACGUCUUCUCUUUCCAUCUGAUGAUGAAGAGAAUGAAGUGGCCAACACAACUUGGGCAAACCUCCUUGCUGUUCAGGUAUUCCCAAUUGGAUUACCUCAAUAUAAGAAAGAACAGUUUAAGGUGACCCUUUAUGCCCCCUACUGUGUUGCCAGACAGGCAGGCUUCUCUCAAGCUAUCCCUUCCCUUGUUCCUUGAAAUGACAAAGCUCUUUGUCAUAUCGAGCUCAACCCGAAACAACUACUCUCGUCUCCUUUACAAGUGUAGUUCAUUUGUCAUUAAAUCUUUCGUCGAAUGGUGGACCAAGUAUUAUUCCCAAUACAGUCGCACUUUUGAUGAGAUAAAAAAAAACUCCUCAAUAAAAAUUAUUCAGGCUGUUGAUGGCUCACCAAAAAAGGCCCCAAAAAGAAAAGUUGAAGCAACAGUGCAACACAAACAACCAAAAAAGAAGAUUCGAAAAGUUUCGACCAAAGCUUCUAAAAAGAUACAAUCAUCGAGUGAAAGUCCUUCUGAUGAAAGUGAACAAUCAACUCAAGCGGACCUCUUUGCUCCAUCUAAUGAAUCGGAUUCGGAGGAUUCAUCAGAAAUUACUUCAUUCCCACACCUCAUUCGCAAGAAACCUUCUCAAGUUGAAACAGUUACUCAGUCCAUUCCUUCUUCCUCUGCUGCACUUGAACAAAACAAGCAAGGAAACCAGUCUGGAUCAGAACCGCAAGAGUUUCAUUUCUCUGCUCAAACAAUUAUCUCAGCAGAGCCUAUUCAAAUUAUCCUUCCAUCAACUGCUAAAACACCAACCUUAGUUGAUCUGACUCAAGACCAACCUCCAUCACUUCAAGUAAUAACCAUUUCUAAUCCUCCUUCACCAAUCAACACUGAUUCACUUCUCCAGUCUUCCAUUACACAGAACCUUGAUUCACCCAUUCGAGAAACCAGAGAAGUAACACCUCCUCCUCAAAAAACACCAAGUACAACAACAACAAUUGAACUCUCUUCCUCACAUGAUCCUGAAUCCUCGAAAGAGGCUCCAGACAUCACCUCUGGACUCCCUGACGACGAGUUGGCAAAGCUAGUGGCUGUUUUGACAAGGAUCACUCAAGAAGAGGAAUUUCCUAUCUCGAAUCCAACAACGGAGGAUCAACCCACAUUGAGUCUUCCUUCAGAUCUUAACCAACGCACUCUCGAACAAUUAACCAUCGUUCUUAGGCUAUUGACACAUGCUCCCAAAGAAUGGAUUGAUCAUCCUGAUUUGAAUGCCUUCUUGUCUAACAUUUUAAGUUCUUCCCUUGAAUUUCAAGUUCCUCCUCAAUUAUCUUCUAUAAUAAAAAGGUUCACAAAGGUCUCAAACAACUCUGCCAUUAUUCAAGAUAGGUUGCAAGAAACCAGAGAGAGUAGCCAAAAUUAGAACAGGAUCGGAGGAGGUCAACACUACUCUCCGAUCGAUGAAAGAAUCAUACAAAGAAUAUGACUUGAGAAUUGUCCAGGCUACUAGUACUCAAGCCUAUUUCGACAGACGAGAAGAGGAACUUAAGAAAGAGCUGGCCAAAAUUGAAAAAGAGUUGGCUAGAAUCCGAGAAAAAAAAGUUAAAUUAGCCAAGCUUUUUGUCCUUGUGAAGCAAAAGAAACAAGACAUCUUCAAAGAGCUUUGCAUAGUGGAAACCAAACAAGAGGAGAUCAAUAGAAGAUUUGACAGGGCCCAAACCGAAGAGCAUGAACAAAUCGAGGCAUACUCUGCUCUUGAUGGUGAAAGAGUCCAACUUCACCUUCUUGCAGAGCUUUUGGCACCUUUCUUCCCUACAACUUGGUUACUAUUUUUCAUAAAACUCUUUUGUCUUGAUGCUUGUAUUUCCUUAUAUAUUUAAACUUCAUCUUCUAUGCAUCGAUAUUGCUUUAAAUACUUUCCGUUUAUUAACUUAAUCACAC